CCAGCUGCUGACACUGCUGGCGGUAUCUGCGGGCAGUCCACAACCAGGAUCGUGCCCACAUUGUCUAUAUUUCCUCAAAAAUCUCCCUGGUUAAAGUUGCUAAAUCCAGAAAUCUGUGGCUUAGCUGGCCAAGGCCCUCCAUAAAAAUCUCCUCUUUUAAUUAAUGUCAUCAUAUUCCUCAUGGGUGCUUCUGCUUUCAGUUUGCUGAUGCACACUGGUGUAUGUGACUGUUAUCACAGCUAUCUUGAUCACCGAUCGUAUGCACUAAUCGCUGAUGAAGGUGGGGAAAGAGGCAAGCGAUGAGAUGCUGAGAUACUGUCUUAGGAAAUGGGUGAUUUACAAAAAUGACCUUAUGAGGGGAAAAAGAAAUUGGCAACUGCUCACAUUAUACCAAGAAAUGCUUCAACCACUGCAUAACAAGUUGGCUUUUUUUGUUGUUGUUGCAGCACAUUUCAGUCCAUAAACUAUCAUUAGACUUGCCUAAGAUCGUGGAAGGAACCGUUCAGUUCCCUGGCGUUGACUCCUCAUCGCCAGCUGCUGGGGUCGGCCAAGGGAGCUACACCCCUGUGCCACAAAACAGCGUAAAAGAGAUCGGAGUUGGGUCUAAAGAGCUUGCUGCCAGACUAAUGCACCAAAAUCCCUCUUGCUACUAUGAAGGUAAUUAAACAUUCGGAGGAGGUGCUGAAAGCAGCGCUCAUCUCCAAAAACACACAGCUUGUGAGGCUGUACGAGAAGCUCGAGCCCGGGGAGAAGCGUUUGCUGGAUGAGGCGUUUCGGCCGCACAGCGCUCUCUUUGCACCGAUCACGCUGCAUUCGGAGUCGGACUGGAUCUCCUCGCAUCCAGAGCCCACGCAGGACUUCGAGCAGUUUUACCACGACCGUUACAGAAGCACACCAACUUCCCAGAAAAGUGCCAUUUAUGUACAGCCCAUCGGUUCUUUUGGUGAUUCCAAAGUUAGUCCAGAGAAUUAUCUGAAAUGGCUGAAGGAUUACUGUGAAGCCUUUUAUUAUGGCCUGAUGGUAAAAACCCUGGACCCAGUUCCUGUUUCACAGACAGCUUGUGCUUUUCGGGUAAAUGAGUACACGCAUAAUCUCCAGAUUCAUGCAGGGGAUCUUCUGCAAUUCCUGAAGAAGAGGAAACCCAGGGAUGCUUUCUGUAUUGUGGGAAUAACCAUGAUAGAUCUUUAUCCAAAGGAGUCUUGGAACUUUGUCUUUGGACAAGCUUCUUUGACAGAAGGGAUGGGGAUCUUCAGCUUUGCCAGAUAUGACAGUGAUUUUUAUAGUGCAAGCUACAAGGGCAGACUGAAGAGUGGCAAGAAGUAUCCUGUAGCAGACUAUUCAGUUUUCAGUGGCUAUUAUACUCCUGCAAUUACUAGUUUGCUGCUUCUGAGAUCCUGCAAGACCUUGACCCAUGAGAUCGGGCACAUCUUUGGACUCCGUCACUGCCAGUGGUUGCAGUGUGUAAUGCAGGGUUCAAAUCACCUGGAGGAAUCAGACCGACGGCCACUGGAUCUGUGUCCCAUUUGUUUGCGCAAGCUACAGUCUGCUAUCCACUUCAACAUUGCAGAAAGAUAUAAGGCGUUGCUGAGGUGGAUGGAUGAUGGUGGGAGUGGAACGGAAGCUGAAUUUGGGCAUGCAGCAGAGGUGGGUUUGCCGAAACCAGUGGAAGCAUUUAAGGAGUGCCGAGAGUGGGUACUAAAAUGUCUGGAUGUGCUGCAGAAGUAAAGCACUGGAAAGUAGGUAGCAGCAAAAGGAAAUGAUCCUUUAUUUAACGGAUUACUUCCAAGGUGACUACUUCUAAAAUCUCUCAUUUGAUAACGGUCGUCCAGUGUGUUGUAAGCAUCUCUUUAAAUAAAGCUUCAUCCCUGUGACACUUCAUUGAAACCAUCCUCUCCCAGAUGGUAAUGAUUUCCAUGUGACCCUAAAAUAUUUAGUCUCUGCAAUACUUCUAUCAGCAAGCAAGAUACAGUCUAAUCAUUAUUGCUUUGAUAUGCAGCAAAACAUAUUUAACAUUUGUAAGUAGACAUAGAAUAUACUUUAUAAAUGCUUGUGGAGCAUUGUGGUGCUUUUUUUUUCAUCUAAUCCUGUAACACUGUUGAGUCCCUGGUGAUAAACAUCCAGUGGCCAGAGCCCUAAUGGAAAAGUUUUGUUGUUCCUAGAACAACGCAGCAACUGUGGCCUGGUUGUGUUAGUUGUCUGGGCACUGUCAAACAUUCAGUGAGAAGAUUCCAGUCUGCUAGAAAACCUUACAAGAAAGUUCCUGUCCUACGUUAUAGCAGAGAUAUGCCCACACAGAGCCAUUUAGGGUGAGGACCCAAGUCAGUUUUUACUUGAUGUUUGCCUAGAAAAUCAGGAAAAAGUCCCUAGGCACUUAACUUUAGGGGCAGAGUGAAAAGAGCCUGGAUAAAAGAAAAAAAGCUGGAAAGAUUUAAUUGCUGUGCUGUGUGAUGGGUUUAAUUUCCCAUAGCACGAUAUUGUUUCUAAUUACUGUUACGGAGGCUCAGUUGCGCUUCCGUUUUGCUUUAUUUAAUCAUGUUAGGAUCCCUCCUAAGUCUGCGGCUGCUAAAUUGACCUGCUCUCAUCAUCACCCAAAGCAAGGUGAUGGGACAGAUUUCAUGCUGUGCACAAUUUUCAGGAUUAUUUCUGUACUCUUAUUUGUGAAGGCGCAUUGUUCUCCCUUCCUGGCCCAGACCUGCUGGAAGGAGUUCACUUUUGAUUUCAGUUUAGAAAUCUGCCAUUUCUAAAAUGGUGAAAAAUAUACACCAAGUAACUUUAUAUGCUUUUAGACCCUUAAUCAGACAAAAAUAUGUUCUAAUAACUGUGGUUAUAACAUGAUUAUUACCAAAGUGCCAUGUUUGUGGGAAUGAUGUCUGCCAGGUAAAUGAAAGAGCACCAUUUGUUUCUGAUACUGCUUUUGUCCUAAGGCUCUAAUUUUGUAAUCUAAUCAGUGGAGAGAUCCCCACUGUUCAGGAGCAAAUAAUUGCAAGCACUUAGGUGCUACAGGCACUUUUUGUUCACAGGAGAAAUCUCUUUGCUGUUAGUCUAGUUACCUGUAUAAAUAAAGUUAUCCGGGUACUUAGGAGUUUGCAGAACUGGACCUUAAUUUUGCUGAAUCGAUAGUUAACAGUAGCUAAACUGUUUUGUUAACAGUAGGUUUUGGUUGCUCCCAAAAAACAAACUCCACAGGGUGUUCAGUACUGCAGCUUCGUGUUUUUACAAUUUGAAAUGUAUUCAAUGGAAAAAAAAUAUUUUGGGAUGGAAACGUGGUCCCAUUGAACCAAAAUAUCUGAAGAAUUCAUUUGGGUCUGGCUUGCAUGCUAGAUUUCACAUGAAAAAGGGAUUUGUUGGAAUUAAAAUAUUUUAAAAAAUAAA